AUGAGAGUGUUUGGCUGUCUAUGUUAUGUUGUGAAUGUUAAGAGGCAAGAUAAGUUCUUAGCCAGAGCUUUACCUGCAGUGUUUAUGGGGUACACUCCAACUAAAAAUGGCUACAAAUUGUAUGAUUUGCAAUCUAAACAGUUUAUUGUUAGCAGGGAUGUUGUCUUUAAGGAACAUAUAUUUCCUUUUAGACAAAUGAAGCUAUCACAUGUUCCAUUCUUUCCACUACUUGAGCCAACUGAUAUAUCAAGUACUUCAGACAUAUUGUGUAAAGAUUUAGCACCUGAUCAUAAUGCAGACCAUGAUAAUGAUGCUGAACAAAGGAAUGAACCAAUCCCUAAAAAGCCAGAUACUCCACCUGGCACUACUCCUGUACCUGAUGUUGAUAGUAUUGCUCUUGAUGUUGUACCACAAUUGCAAACUGAGUCUUCACAUUUGCAAGAUAUGAAUGAUGCACUACCAAUUGCAGUCAGAAAGCAUCCCAGAACUACAGGGCCACCAAAAUGGCUGCAGGACUUUGUGUCCACAUCUUAUGCAUAUCAUAUGUCAGACUACCUGACCUAUGAUAGGUUAUCUCCUUCUUAUGUUAGAUGUUUGUCAGCUCAAUCCUCUAUAGUUGAGCCCAAGCAUUAUCAUGAAGCUUCAAAAUAUGCAAGGUGGGUAGCUGCUAUGCAACAAAAAGUCACAGCUUUAGAAGAAAACAAUACAUGA